UUCUGAUUGGCCGCAGCGACGUCACGUGACGCCCCUCUUUCCCAAGCGGAGUUUCCACGACAGCUGGAAGCCGAGCGGGGCAACACAGACCAGGCGGCGCAUCGUUUCUUUUCUUUUCUGCUACGAAAUAUCGGGAAAUAACCAGACUUCUGCUCGUCUCAGCACCUCCAGAGAAACCCUGGUCUGGCAUGGGCGACAAGAGGAGUCCCACAAGGCCGAAGCGUCAACCGAAGCCCUCCUCCGACGAGGGGUUCUGGGACUGCAGCGUGUGCACGUACAAGAACACGGCGGAGGCUUUUAAGUGCAUGAUGUGUGAUGUCAGGAAGGGGACGUCAACAAGGAAGCCUCGUCCCGUCUCCCAGCUCGUCUCGCAGCAGCAGGUAACGCAGCAGUUCGUGUUGCCCUCACAGCCCAAGAAGGAAAAGAAGGAGCGGGUGGAGAGGGAGAAGGGCGACAGAGAGCCGGCGCUCAAGAAGAACAGUCACAAGAAGAUGAGGCCGAGGUUAAAAAACAUCGACCGGAGCAGCGCCCAGCACCUGGAGGUGACGGUCGGGGACCUGACGGUCAUCAUAACGGACUUUAAGGAGAAGGCCAAGCCCUCGUCCACCUCGGCGACGUCGUCCAGCACCGCGUCCACGGCCGACCACCACAGCCAGAACGGCUCCAGCUCAGAGAACACAGAGAAGGGGCUUUCCCGCUCGUCCUCGCCCAGAGGAGAGGGGAGCUUGGUCAACGGAGAGUCCCACUGAGUCAUUCCUCCCACCCCCACCCCCGGCCUCCUCCACCUCCACAUCUCAUCUGCCUCAACUUCAGAGCUGCACACGACUAAAACCGUUUUCUUUCUUCUGGAUUAUUACAGUUUCAAUAGGAAUUGUGAGCAUCAGAUUUGGCGAGUUUCAUCAGUUUAAAAGAUUCUCCACGGCACUGGAUUUCUGCAUUUAGAAAGCAAUAUAAAAGACCUCUUUUUGCUCCAUCUUCAACAUUUUUAAGUGAUCUACAUUUUCACUUCGGUGCACUCGAAAAAGGAUUCCCACCCGCUGUCCAAAAGACGGUUUUAUUCUGACGAAGAACUUCCUCAGAACUGACCUGAGAUCUGUCUGAAUAAAUGUUUGGACUUCACGGUCCUGUGCGGUUUCCCUCUCAGAAGCACCCGCCUGUUGAGGUUUUUCCUUUUCAAUAUUUUUUGUGCAGCCCCCACCCUCGAUAUCACCUUCGGUGGCCGGCAGAGGGACCCUCUUGUGGAAUCUUCAGCCUCCGUUUGGGAUCUUUACCUACCCCCGUUAUAAACCUGAACCAUCUAUUACACAGCUCUCAGCGUCCCCCACGCUGAACCCUUCAACCUCGCAGCGAAACCUCUGCUCCUGCUCUCGAUUACUCCCAAGCUUUUCCUCGUGGACUGCCUCUGCUGUGGAGUGACUUUUUGGUGACGCAGCACAGCGGCUGAACUGUUUUAGGGUAACGCUUGGAGCAGGUUGUUUUAGUUCAGGUAAUGCUCGUUAUGUCCGUGUAAGGGCAUCGGGCAGGUUUUGAUAAAAAGUCCUCUUUGAAAUGGUGCUGGAAGGUAUAGUGUAUGAUUUUAAAGGAUAAUACCGGUGUUUUUUUUGUUUUUUUUCCCAGUUUGUGCCAAUAAUCUACUGUACGCUACCCUGCUGUUUGGUUUGCACACAGUUGGAGAUACAAAUCAGGGUUUUAUUAUUCUAUCUUUGCAGCCAUUCCUUUUGUAGGGUAUAUAAACCUGCAUUAAGUGAUAUUUUUGAUGUAAAUCAUGCUAAUUUGAGCAAUGUGAAAAGAUGAACAUGUAAAGAAUUAGCAACUCUCCGGCCAUAUUGCAGCUUUAAGCUCAAUGGGCCUCAUGCAAGAACCGCUCGCACGAACAGAUUCGUUCUUAAGCGGCUUGUAAGAGGGAUUUAGGAGAACUCACAUUCACCAAUUUUCUUGUAUUUUUAAUUUUCUCUCAUGAAAACAACUUACGAGUGGUCCACACCUGUCAUAGGAGUCAUGUGUAAUCAGUCUGCUGUUAUCCAAACCAAAGUUAUGGAUUGUGUAUUUCAUUACUUUGAAGCAAUUUAAAGUUUGAAUAUCCUAUCUAAAAUUACUCCUCAUAAUUAUGUUGACAUUAUCCUGUUUGACUCUGCAAUUAUAAUGUCAUUCUAAAUGUAUUCAUAAAGCCUAAUGAUAUCAUCAUUCAUUUCAAAUUGGCCAUUGAUGCUAUUGUAUAACACUACAAUAUCAAUAUGAACAUGUCAAACUGCAAAAUGACUCAAAUUACGCACUAAUUAAAAGGUUAAUUUGUCUCUCUAUAUAAUAAUGUCAACAGGAAGUGUAACCAGGCGCAUCAUUGCUGACUCACGUGUACAUGUAGCGUGUCUUUAAACAGCAUGCCAAUAUAUUGGCAGAGGCAGAUGACCGUGACAGGACGCGUAGCCUUAUAUGGUAUCAUUGUGGGCGUUAAUUAUGCCCCAAUGAUACCGUUAAUUACAAUUCUCAUUAACGCACAGGUCAUUUACAGGGUUAUCUGAAGUUAGGAGCGUUUCCUGAAUCUGACGUGGCGCGCUUGUACGAGCCCACGGUACGAAAAAAUGUAAGAGAAAGUUAAGAAUACGAAAAUGUUCUUGCAUGAGGCUCAUUGUUUUGGUGUUCUGACCCUCACAUAGACCAACCAUAGACUAUCCGUGUCCAGCAAACCAGCUGUUGUUAGACUACCUGGCCAGCACUAAAUCACAGAGGAUUGAAGUUUCUGGUAAAGAUAGUCUUUACCAGCUACUAGUUAACUAGUACAGACCAAACCAGAGCUAAAAGUUGGGUACAUAUUGAGCUAAUAUUGGUCAGAAAGACCAGAAACACUAAUCCAAAGGGAUGUUUAUGUUGGUAUAUGUCUGCCAGAUAUGCAAGUAGACCAAUACAUUGCUCACAUAUUAGCCAUGACAGUCUCUCAGGGCUUUGAGUUGAUUUUGCAGUCUUGCCGUACCCUCGUGCUAUAAAAAAAAAAUCACUUAAUGCAGCGUUAAGUUAUCCAAGCUUUGUUAUUAAUUGCUGUAGGCUCGGUCGUACUUUAUCUGUCACAUUGUGAGUACAUGAUGUGUCACCAAUUGCUGACAUCCUCCAUGGUACACCACCGUGGUUACUGUCAAUCACAAGACUCCCACAGAAUGAGAUGUACACAAAUAUAGCAACAGUUUCUUUAUACAUCAUCAUAUAUGUGCUUUUAUUUGUAUUUUCUCCAACAAGAGCUAACUUAAAGUCAGGGAAGACGAAAAAAAGAAGAGUUAAUUGCAAAAUGAGGAAUAUGUCCACUAAAUGUAGACGAUAGUUGAGGGACUGUAGCUGUAAAUGACACCGGUAUUCUCCUUUUUAAAAUCUCUGCUGCACAAACAGGGCUGCACCUGCUCAGCGUCACAGUGGAAAACCGGAUGGUGCCCAUGCUGUUCUGCCCCCUCCACCCUGGACCCAGUUUGGACACAGCAUGGUGCCUCUACUACUACGGGGAAAAGGAGCUUUGACUCCUGGACAUGCGUAAGCUUGAUGGCAUUGCCGGGUGUGACGGACUUCAGAAAACUGUUUUAAAUUCCUCCAUUUUGACGUAGCAAAGUGGGGGGAGCUUUAGAAUAUACUAAACCCCUCCAGCAGAACAACUAUAGAUCAACCUAACUACACAAUAACUUAUGAAAACCUGUAGAGUACUACACAGAUGAAAUGGAUAUUUCUAAAAAAUAUUGUACUACAAUGUUUUGAUGUGGUUGUAUUAUCCAUCAUAGCAGUGUUAUCGUCGAGAGUUUUACGUUAACAUUUUUAGCACAGAUCCUGAGAACUAUCAUGGCAUGAUAAUAUUACGGUCUCGGUAUAUUGUGGGACAGGCUAUGUCUCUUAGUUUGUUAGCAUCGUUUUAAUGUGUCUCAUAGGUUCACCGCACUAGCUGGGACUAGCUGUGUGGACUCGUGAGAACCGUCUGGACAAGACCUUUUUUGUUAUUAUUCGGUUUGUGGCAAAAAUGGAAAGACACUUAAAAAUAUGUUGGUUGUCACUUGUUGUUUUUUUUUUGUUUUUUUUUUGCUUUGCCAUGCUCAGUUUUAAAAAAAAAAAUGUGUGAACUUGUUUAUUACAUGUCUGAAUAAGAAAAUUAGAAAAUUCAAACAAAAGAGA